AGAAAGUUCGUUUGGCGCCCCGCGCGCUCAACCGCGCGGGGCAAGGCCCCGAGCCCCGAGACGCGAUCGCCAGCCGCAGUCAACAGUCGCGAGUGAGAGAGCCAACGGCCGACAUCCCUCGCGUCACGCGUAGAGCCCGCGCCGACCGCGCUGCCGCCUCAUUCUAUGUAUAAUACGUUUCAAGUAAAUACGCCCCACCAACUACUAACUCUGUAGUUAGCGCCGCGCAUACGUCGACUGGACGGUUGUUUAUGUUGUUCAAAAAAAAUUCAAUUCAGAAUCACGACGCUCCUUGCGUUGAACUUCCUGCUGAAAGUUUAUGUUUAGUGGCUGUUAUUGGCCGGCUAUUGUCCGUCCGCGUGACUCACGGCACGGCAUACUACAUUUGGAGGCUAUUGGCUAGCAGUUAAACAUGAAGGCGGUGUUGUGGGUGGUGGUGCUGCAGUGCGCGGCGUGGCAGUGGCGCGGCGCCAGCGGCCACGGCCGGCUCAUCGAGCCCCCCUCGCGCGCCUCCGCCUGGCGGUACGGCUUCGACACGCCGCACAACUACAACGACCACGAGCUCUACUGCGGCGGCUUCACACGACAGUGGAACAGGAACGGCGGCAAGUGCGGCGUGUGCGGCGACGCAUGGGACACGCCGGCGCCACGUCCGCACGAGCUCGGCGGCCGCUUCGGGCGCGGUGUCAUCGUGCGCCGGUACGCGCCGCGCGACACCAUUCUCAUCAAAGUUGAGCUCACCGCAAGUCACAUGGGUUACUUCGAGUUCAGAGUCUGCGAGGAACCGAAGACGACCACUCAGGAGUGCUUGGACAGACACGUUUUAAAACUCGGUGAUCGGAACUCCACCAAAUACUACCCUAAGGAAGGGAACAAGAUCUACGAAAUGAAAUAUCACCUGCCCGAGGAUAUUGAGUGUUCGCACUGCGUGCUUCAGUGGAAGUACAUAGCGGGCAACAACUGGGGCACAUGCGAGGACGGCAGCGGCGCCGUGGGCUGCGGCCCGCAAGAGGAGUUCCGCGCGUGCGCCGACAUUGCGAUCGGCGGCCGUUUCGCGACCACCACGCGGCGUCCCAGGCCGACAUAUGUGCCGCCGAGCAGGAGGCCCGCCACGCCCCUGCCCGAGGACUCCACCGGUAGCGCUUGGUACAGCGUUCUCAUCGCCGUCAUUGCACUGCUGGUCGCUCUCGCCGCGCUCGCUGGUAUCUACCUGUACUACUACAGCGGCGGCAUGAAGAUUAAGGCCCUGUUGAAGUGGGGGUCGGCAUCGCCUGCACCUGCACCCGUUCCUCCGCCUAGACACAAAAAGUCAUCGAUUUCCAGGGAGAAUCCUCCAAUUAUAUCCUCACCGAAAAUUAUUUCUGAGGUGGGAUUCGAAACGGUCGAUCUCAAAGCCAAGUGAUGAAUGUUUGAACUGAAAACAACACUGCCACUCGUGUGAUCGAGACGCAACGUGGCGCAAGUUCCGGUCAGUGAUGCCAAUGGAACAACAAUUACCGUGUCCUACGUCAUUAAGGCUAACCAAUUACUUUUUCUGUAAUAAUAUGCGUCGCUCGUUACGUCUUUGGUAACUUAAGCUAGGUUUACUAUGUAUUUGUAAAUUGUGUAUAUUUUAUUGACAUACAUUAAAUAAAAUACAACCCAAAAUUA